GUUUUAAUGUGAAAUUAAAUUUGUGGUUGUCAAUUUUUAAUGUCUUUGUUUAGCUUCAUGACAGCUGUUGAAUAGUUUGCAGCAAGAGGUCAGAAAUGGGUCUAGUGCUAGUGAACAAGGGGAGGAGGUAUUUAUCAAAAGGAUUUCAAACGCAUUUGGGUUCUGAUUUUAAGUGGCAAAACCAGAGAGAAAGCUCAGACUCAGCUUUUUUUUUUAAGUUGAAUGUGGUUUACAACAGAACUAAAAUGACAAUAAAUAAAACAAUGCAACAGUUUAAACACUAAUAAAGCUGUAUAGAAUUUUACAUAAAUUAUUUUUAUGAAAACAGAGCGAAGCAACAUACUUACACAAUGUGGAGGAUGUUGUUUUCACAGAAAGUGGACAAGCAGUCCUGUGUUACAAAUUCAAGUAAUUCUCGGCCUUUGAAUUUGGUUAACUUAACAGAAAAUUAAACGGACUAUAACCAUUAUAUGACAAUAUAACUAUGUAUUCCACAAAUGUUUACAUUAAAUACUGUUCAAAAACAGGUGAAUUUUUACCCAAUAGAUGGCAGCCUUGUAAGGGUUUGUCAAAAGGCACAUGACACUGGUGGGUGGUUGCCUACGGGGCGUCGCUCUCAUUUUUGUUAAUUAUAUUAUAAUUAAGUUAUAGUUCAAACAAAAGCAGAGAUUUACUUUGUCUUUCAGAAAAGUGUUGAUAUCGCGCAUGCAACUGUUUGAAACUCUUAGACGUUUUAAGAUUAUUUUAAUACCGCCAAAGAAAUUCACACACUCGUCCAGAUUACCAAAUAACUAUUAUGACGCAUAAUAUGAGAAUGACUACAAAUUAUAAAUCAGGUAUUAUCAGGUUAUAUAUUAUAUUUUUGAUACAUAGCUACAGUACAGUGUGCCGCCUCUCCUCAGCGGAACUAACGUUCACGGUUAAGGAACUACUCGAACACUAUUGGGUGCACAACCUGUAGCAAAGUAGCUUUGCUAACACUAGUGAGCUAACAUCGCUUAUCCGACACGACAUGAACACUAUUGAUGGCAAAAGCCUUACACGGUAACGGCUCUAACUUCACCCAGUGAGACCACAGGCUGUUGUGAUGUCAGAGCCUAAGCCCCCUACUCCAACCGCUGGAGACACAUACAAAGGUUGGCUCUUCAAAUGGACCAACUACAUAAAAGGUUACCAGAGACGCUGGUUUGUUCUAAGCAAUGGACUGCUGUCUUAUUACAGGACCCAGGCAGAGAUGGGUCACACAUGCCGAGGCACCAUCAACUUGGCCACGGCCAACAUUGCCGUGGAGGACUCAUGCAAUUUUGUCAUUUCAAAUGGAGGGGCACAAACCUACCAUCUGAAGGCCAACUCAGAGGUAGAGCGCCAGCGCUGGAUCACUGCUCUGGAGCUCGCCAAGGCAAAGGCCGUCCACAUGCAGGCCGAAUCAGAUGACUCGGGUGAUGAUUGUCCUGCCGUGCCCCCCACCCCAGGACAGGGUGGAGGCCGUAACUCAGAAGUCCAGACCACACUACGCACACUAAGCAGCAAGGUGGAGGACCUCAAUACCUGCAAUGAUCUCAUUGUCAAGCAUGGGUCUGCCCUUCAAAGAUCUUUGUCAGAACUGGAGGGGAUUCGUGUCGGAGGGGACAUGGGGGAAAAGAUCAGACAAGUUACAGAGAGGGCAACACUGUUCCGGAUCACCUCUAAUGCCAUGAUCAAUGCAUGUAGAGACUUCCUCUCCCUGGCUCAGAGCCACAGUAAGCGCUGGCAGAAGGCCUUACAGGUUGAACGAGACCAGAGGAUAAGGUUGGAGGAGACUCUGGAGCAGCUGGCAAAACAACACAACCACUUGGAAAGAGCUUUCAGAGGAGCAACAGUUCUCCCUCCUUCAUUCAGCAAUGCUUCCUUAGGUAACAAAGGUGGUGCUUCAGGAAAAGGUGAUGCCAGUGAUGAGGAUGAUGAAAAUGAGUUCUUUGAUGCUAUGGAAGACCCAGCAGAGUUUAUUACUGUCCCCGCUGAUCCCAAGUAUCACAGGAGAUCUGGCAGCAAUGUUAGUGGGCUCAGCAGUGAGACUGGAAUGGACGAUCAGUCUGUAAAUUUUGAUGAACUGUCUUUGGCAUCCAAUCCGGAGUCUCCACAGCCUCUUGAGCUAGAGCCAGUUAGACAAAGACGGACUCGUAUCCCUGACAAGCCCAACUAUUACCUCAAUCUGUGGAGCAUCAUGAAGAACUGUAUUGGAAAGGAGCUCUCAAAGAUACCAAUGCCUGUGAAUUUCAACGAGCCCCUCUCAAUGCUGCAACGUCUGUCUGAAGACCUGGAAUACUACGAGCUGCUGGAUAAGGCUGCUAAAUGUCAGAGCUCACUAGAGCAGAUGUGUUAUGUGGCCGCUUUCACAGUCUCUUCCUACUCCACCACCGUCCACCGCACAGGAAAACCCUUCAAUCCUCUGCUGGGAGAAACUUUUGAGCUGGAUCGGCUAAAAGACUGUGGCUACCGCUCCCUCUGUGAACAGGUGAGUCACCACCCACCUGCUGCCGCUCACCAUGCCAUCUCUGAAAAGGGCUGGAGCCUCAGACAAGAAAUUACCCUGGCCAGCAAGUUUAGAGGAAAAUAUCUUUCUAUCAUGCCCUUAGGUUCUAUCCAGUGCAUAUUUGAUAAGAGUAACAAUCACUACUCUUGGAAGAAAGUGACUACAACGGUACACAACAUUAUUGUGGGGAAACUAUGGAUUGAUCAGUCAGGGGAGAUAGACGUGGUGAACCACAUGACAGGGGAUCGUUGCCACCUCAAGUUUGCUCCCUACAGUUACUUCUCCAGAGACGUACCAAGAAAGGUAACAGGAGUUGUAACAGAUAAGGAGGGGAAAGCCCAUUACGUGCUGUCGGGAACCUGGGAUGAGAAGAUGGAGUUUUCCAGGAUAAUGCAGAGCAGCAAAGGCGAGAACGGCACUGAAGGCAAACAGAGAACUGUAUAUCAGACCCUCAAAGCCAAAGAAAUCUGGAAAAAGAACCCUUUACCAGAGGGAGCAGAGAACAUGUACUACUUCUCCUCACUGGCCUUGACGCUCAAUGAACCUGAAGAGGGAGUGGCGCCAACAGACAGUCGACGACGCCCUGACCAGAGAUUAAUGGAGGACGGCCGUUGGGAUGAGGCCAACGCAGAGAAACAGAGGCUUGAAGAGAAACAGCGCACGACCCGUCGAGAACGGGAGAGGGAAGCUGUUAAAGCAGCCAGUUCACCUGAGGAAGCUGAUGCAGGGGAGACUGGCACAGAAGCAAGUGAGGUUUCUGAUGAAAGCGCCCAUCAAGACAAUCAUCAAGCGUUGUGGUUUGAGAAGAUAGACGAUCCCGUAUCUGGUGAGACCCUGCAUGUCUACAAAGGAGGCUACUGGGAGACUAAGGAUAGCGGCAGCUGGGACAUGUGCCCUGAUAUCUUCUGAUCACAGCCCGAAUCAGCCUGUUUCCAUCGGUGGUGUACAACCUCAACAAAUGAGAAGCCAGUGAGGAAACAAACUUGACAUCAACCUCCACCUUUUCCCUAUCCCAGCAUAGAUUUGCUCAAGCCCCUUCUCAGGACUAGGGUCUGGACUUGUUUUUUUUUCUCUUCACCCUCAACAUAAACUCAAUGCACAUCGUAGCUGGUUAGAGUUCAGAUUUCCCUCUCACUGCCACUCUAAUGCUGAUGUUUAUCAUGUUGUCAUCGCUGCAGUCUUUGUUGCAGCCUUUUCAUUGCAUUUUGCAAUGCCAUUAUGUAUUUUCUUGAGCAGCACUAUUGUGAAAGGAAUAGGUUUGCUUAAAUAGAAAGACCCACCACCUAAGAUGUAAUGUAUGUGCUUGUUUAUGUGGUACACUCCUGAUGUGAUGAUUUUAUUUUAUUUUUUUUGCAAUGAAUUUAUCACAACUUCAGUCAAGUCCCCAGCACAGCACCACUACAAGUCAAAGUUCAUUCAUACCAAUUGUUUUCAGCUUACACAGAAAAUAUUCACUAAACCGGUUUCAGACCAUGUGGAUUGCACAGCUUCAACAGGCUUCACUGGUUCUGACAAAGAGGAGAUAAUGACUAAUGUGUCAGAAACACUGAACAUAAUACUGAAACAUAAUGCAGAGUUUGCCUUGGAGUUUAUCAUGAUUUGUGGUGCUACUUUAUUCCCCGAAGUGAAACAACAACUCUGGAGGCAUAUUAUGUCUACACAAUAGCCUUCUUUUCAUUUUUGCACUCAACCAGGACAUUUCAUUUCUUCUUUUUGAUUUUUUUUUUUCCCCCCCUGAGUCAAAAUUUGGGAAAAUACUUUUAAAAUACGUUACUGUUGAAGAGAUGUGAAAUCAGAAGUCGUUCAUGAUGGUUAUGCCACCCCUCUUAUAUUAGCCUGAUAAACUCUGGUUAGGUCAUCUUGACAAUCCAUAAUUGUGGGUCGGAAAUGGCGACAUACUUUAUUUCAUAUGUCUUUUGACCGUUUUCACUACACUGUAGAAGAAUGACAUUUCUUUUUUCUACUUUUUAAUGAUAUUCCUGUAGCACAUUAAUUUUAAUUGAAUACUGUAUAUGUUUUUUAUUUAAUAUGAUACAAUAUUGAAUACUAUAUGAAAUUAAAUAGUGGUACCAAACAAACUUGUAUUAGUACCAAUGAAAACAUGAAAAAUACCACUGGCACUUUGGCCAGCAAUGUGGUGAAAAAACAUUUAAAACUUUUGUCUUUUUGUUAUUUGUCACUUGUUUUUUUGUGUGUUUUCUUUCAAUGAUUAAUUUUAAGAUCCUGGUUGAAUUAAAUUAUGUUAGAUUGUAUUCAGUUUACUUUAAUCCUCAUGUUUGAGAUCAAAUGUGUUAGAAACUCCACCCCACUCCCAAGUACCUGAAUUUCACAUUUGUAUUGUAAAGUUUGUGCUCUUACUAAAACUUGGAUCAAACAUUUCAACAUCCAUCAAUUCUGCUUUCAACAUAAAUGUUGAGGCUGAGAUUAAUUUACUAGCUACAGAGUCGUGGCUCCCACGUGUCACUGGGUUGUGUGCUGAUUUACUCUGGUUUAACGAUCAGCAAAGUGAGCGGAAAUGUGAGACAAGAGUUUUUUUGUCUUCCUGGCUUCCCCUUUGAACUUACUGAUUAUAGCUUUAAUCUUGAUUAAGGUUAUUUAAAUCUUUGUGUGCUGCGAGUGUAGACUUUUAACUGUCAGCAAUAAGAGUGCCUCGUUAUGUAACAUGCGGCACGAAAUUAAAUGUGAGGACAGUGUGAAGGAGAACGUUCAAACUGCAAAAAAAAAUAACUUUGUCUUUGUAUUUGUUAUCUGUGAUAUGAGUGGAAGGACUGUAUGGUUGAUGAAAAUCUAAAUUUCAUGUUAUAUUCAAGUGUACUUAAAAUAGAACACUGACAUUAAGAUCACAAAACACAAUGUUGCAAAUAUUUCUGUGUAAAUAUAUUAAAUAGUUGAAGUAAUUGGGAUAUUAACUGGUAAAGUUGAUAGAGAAUCUAAUUGCAGCGAUGCACUUUUUUAUUUAAACGUUUGGUUCUCUCUUUUCUUUCAUUGUUGUUUACUCAGAACUGGAUGCAUUGUCAUUUCCUGAGCCUGAGUGUAACAUGAUUUUUUUUUUUUUUUUUGAGAGUUACUAUGAGAUUUCAUCUUAACAGCUAGGAUAGCUCUAUUUUGAUUUAUACUAAUAUGUUUUGGUCUAAACCAUUUCUUGCUACUAUCGCUUCAUAUAUGAUUCAUAUUGAUAUAAGAAGAGUGAGUGUGAGGAUUGUACAUCUUUAUGCGACACUACAUCUCUUCAGUUACCGAAUGAGUUUACAAGUUUCUGUCUUGUCUUUUUUUUUUUUUUUUUCACAUACAUGUAAUCUUGAUUUUUAGCCACUGGUCUUAAUUGUGUAGCCCCGUGUUUUUAUUUGCUUUUCUAUUUUUAAGGUUUCUGCCUUUUUAUCUCUUUUCCUCCUGCUGUGUUGUUUGUUUGUUUUUGCCCUGUCACUAUUCACAACGCUACAAUAUACCACAAUUCUUAAAAAGAGACUGAAGGUGUCAUUUGCACUUUAGUACAGUACAUCCAUUAUUUAACAUGCCCUACUUGAUUUGACUGAUAAAUGGUCACCUUUUGCUGUUUGAAGAGUUUGUCAUUUUGUGAGUUUGUUUUGGAAACUUAAAUCAUGUUCAGUAAUUGCAGACAUGUACAUAAGUAAAAAUAUAUACAUAUGUAUUGACUUACAGUCCUGAGAAUACUUUUCACCUUUUCUGUCCUUUACUGCAGUUUUUUAGCAGGAUUGUGUUAGAGGGUGACAAUAUUAAAGUCUGGAAUAGAAAUGA